CGCUAGAAAGUCGAAAGACACUAAAGAAUAUUUUAUUAAUUGCAGUUAAAGGCAGGGCGGGUGAUAUAGGGCGAAGCCCCCGAGUUUUCCUUCUUUAUUCCGAAUUAAAUGGUUGAUUUAUAACAGCAAAGCUGGUUGCUACGUGAUAAUCUAUAGGGCGAUAAUGGAGGCUAGAAAAAGAGCUACUAUCACAUUGUCUUUAUCCACCCUCCAUUGUCAUGUUGACAGUGAUAGACGAGACAUCAAGUUCCAAUUUCUAUAUUUGUGUUACGUAAAAUCCCCUUUUUAAUACAUUUUCAAGAAAUACUCCUUUAAUUCGCCAUGUUCUUCGACCGGUUUUUGCCCAAGCUGAUCACCGUUAAGGCCGAGGAAGAUGAAGAAGGCGAGCUGGUCGAUCCCCAGCAAGUUCUCAGGGAUCAAUGUAUGGACACUUCACAUUGCAAGAGUCUAGCCGAAAAGUACCAGGCCUGCAACGAUAGGGUCCGAUCGAGAAAACAAACCGCUGAAACAUGUGUAGAAGAACUAUUCGACCUUUUGCAUGCAGUCGAUCACUGUGUCACUGCAGACCUUUUCAACAAGCUGAAGUAGAGUGCACUGAGUAGGCUAUUUGAAUGAUUAUUUUAGCCAAUUUGUUCUACAUUUUACGAACCUAUUGGUUAAAAAAUUGGUCAAUACAGUGUGCAAGUAGUGAUUAUACAUAGGACGUCUCCCAUAUUGGUGUAAUAAUACUAGAUGUAACCUUUUUAUUGCCGCCCUUAUAAUGUUAUAAGCUGA